AUGAACUACCUAUGGAUUGCUUUGAUACUGCCGAAUCUAUCGGUAGCAUCGAACUGCGCUGCCGAUAGCUGUCUAUUAGCACUUCGCCCAACAUCAAAUAUCACAGGACAACAUUCUGCAACCCAAGAUUUCUGCUCAAAAUAUCUUCUAGAUUCGACAACUCUACCAGAAGAAGCGUUGGCAGCUUGUCAAGACAAAAAUAAUGUGCUCGACAAAGAGCGCGUUGCCAGUGCUUGUGCUUGCAAGACUGUUGUGAUGAGAUCGACUCCAACAAUAGGAAACCCGUCAUAUACCACGUCGCCACCUGAGACUGUUGUGGGCGACGUCGCUCAGCCAUGCGCCCUUGUAAGCAGUUCGUCCUCUGCGCAGAAAGUUGCUACUCCUUCUGCUGAGCCAACCGUCUCUGCACAGCUUGCUUUUGACUGUCUGAACUCAGUACCACUGAACAAGACAGCCGCUAUACAGCUCGUUGAUGCUAUCGGGCCAUACCUAGAAUGGCAAAGUGAUCUGGUGUGGAAAAAAGAUCCUCCAGCAGAUUACGAUUUUCCUGCUCACGAUGUUAUUGCUUCUCUGGCUACCGUCCGGAACAACUUACAAUCUAACCGAUACGCCAAUGAAUAUGAAUUUCAGGGUGAUUUGUACCAAGUUUUUGCCCAAGGUCAUGAUGGACACUUCGUUUUCUAUCCCGAUGCUAUAGCAAAGGCUUUUGAAUUCGGACGCCAACGAUCCCUGGUAUCAAUAAGCGAGGACGGACGAUCGCUUCCUGUCAUAAAACUCUUUGAAGAUGUUAUUUAUUCUCCUGAAUCGGCGUCCAUCGUCACAAAAAUCAAUGAUAUCGAUGCGUCAACAUACAUCUUUAAUUUCAGCACCACUGCUCCCCUUCAACAAGAUGCAGACGCUGUAUACAAUACUAUGUUCUACGAAAAAGCCUCUUACGCUGCGAAUGGUGGUAAGGGCUACUUCUCGGGAGGCGGGCGUACCAGAUAUAUCUACCCAGGUCCUUCGACAACUUUCACCUUUGCUAAUGGAUCAUCGCUUACCCUCGAAAACACCGCCAAAGUCAAAGGAAACUUUUACAACGUAGCGGACGGACAGCAAUUUUAUUCCAGAUUUUGUUCCGUUAGUGCUAAUUCUUUCCAAGCGGAUGACCAAACAGAUUACAUGUCUUCUCGUCCAGUGCUUGCUCCUGGAUAUCCACCGCCAGUAAUCACAACUAAUGACACCAUCUUAUCCGGGUAUUAUAUGGAUGGGCAAGGCUACGAAGACGUCGCUGUCCUCAGUGUUUUAGCGUUUGAGUCGAGAUCUAUCUCUGAAUUUCAGGAAGUUGCACAGAAAUUUAUGAUUGAUGCAAAGCGGGAUGGCAAGACAAAAAUUGUUAUUGAUCUAAGCUACAACGGCGGAGGAUAUAUACUGCAAGGAUAUGAUCUGUUUAGACAAUUUUUCCCUACCAUCGAACAAGAAGGGAAUUCUCGCUGGAGAGCAGGCAAAGGUUUCACUGCUAUUGCCGAGAUAUUUUCUGCAACCUCCAAAGAGUUUGACCCUGCUACUGCCUCUGACAUGCAGAUAAACGAAGCUCUUUCUUGGUUUAAUUAUCGCUAUGACUUAAAUUUGCAAAACGCGCCCUUCCAGAACUUCGAAGAAAAGUUUGGCCCAUACGCGACAAAAGGUGACAAUUUCACCAAUGACAUGCGAUGGAACUUGAACGAUCCACUUACUACUUCAAACUCCACCUACGGUGUUGGUAUCGAAAUAACUGGUUAUGGAUCUCGCAAAAACCUUACGCAACAUUUCGACGCCAAAAAUAUCAUAAUGCUUUAUGAUGGUUAUUGCGCAUCUACAUGUACGAUUUUUUCCGAGUUUAUGCGAACCCAAGCCGGAGUUAAAUCUAUCGCUAUGGGAGGACGUCCCAAGGAGGGUCUUAUUCAGGGAGUUGGAGGAGUCAAGGGAUCCCAAGUUUUAAGCUGGAAUGCAAUUUACAGUUACGCCCAGGAGGCGCUACCAAACGCCACGAUAGCUCAAGCAAAGUCUUUAGGUCAAUUGUCAACGCUUCCCUUGCAGCGAAGCACUAGCGCUGCCUGCAAUGUACGAGACUCCAUUCUUUCUGACCACGUUAGUGAUGGGCUUCCAUCUCAGUAUGUCCGAGAAGAGACUGAGUGCCGUCUGUAUUAUACGGAACAUAUGAUAACUGAUGUCACGGCUAUAUGGAAAGCCGCGGCUGAUUCUGCUUUUAAUGGCAAAGGAUGUGCAUCUGGUAGUCUUCCGGAAAGAGUCGAGGAGGCAUCUAACAACAUGCCUUCGUCUUCACCUACAGAUGGCACAACACAGCAUGUAUCAGCAAAGGGUAUCGAACCCGUCAAGGAUGCUGCAUGGCGAGCUCGUCACGAACACAAGGUGAUAUUUUAA